GGUAUUCAAAAAGAAAAAAAGAGGAACAAGAAAAUGCUUCCCCUCUCGAUUUCAUCCACAACGCAAAGCUCUUUAUAAACAAAAACCAAUCUGCAAGUUUCACUCUCAUUCCGACGAGGAAUUAUAGUCAGAGUCAGAGCUCCAUUUCGGCCGGAGGCACAGAUCGUUUAUGGGCUUUAAUCUUUCUUCCUUUCUUCCUCUUCAAUGGCUAACCUCUUCUCCCUCCUGAUCCUUCACAGGCUACCCAUCACUGGAUUUCAUCUCCUCCUCAUCUUUCUACACUCCGUCUUAUAACUCCUGCUUCCCUUACCGGUUCCUCCGGUAACACAUCUUCUCGUUUGUUUCCAUACUUCCUAGAAUCCAACUUUGAUUCUGUUUUCAGCUUUUUGUUUGUGACUUUAUUUAACUAUUGGAAUCCAAUUGAAGAAUCAGAGACCUUUUCGGGUUUCCUUUUCCAUUUCUGGAAUUCGGGAAGUUGCCUUUUUCUUUGUUUUCGGUGGUUGUUGUGAAAAAGUCAAAAGUGAGGAGGAGUUUAAAGGAUUCGACUUUGAUUGAUUAAACGAGUUCCCUUUACUCAAUUGAAGCAAUUGAGAAAAUUGGAAUGGCAUCGGUGUUUCUGUAUCAUGUUGUGGGCGAUCUGACGGUCGGAAAGCCGGAUUUCGUGGAGUUUUAUGGAACGGAGACGGUUGAAUUGGCAAUUCAAGUAAUAGGAGACUCCACAGAAUGCGGAAUCCCAGUUUGGAGGAAGAGACAGCAUGUGGGUAUGACGGAGAACAGUGAAAUGAGGCAACAGAGAUUUGUUGGUAUUCUUACUUCUCUUGAUAUUGUUGCGUUCUUGGCUAGAAGUGAGUGUUUGGAGAAUCAAGAGAAAGCCAUGAAGACGCCUGUUUCUGAGGUGGUUGUGCCCAAUAAUUCUCUAUUGAAACAGGUUGAUCCUGCUACAAGGUUGAUAGAUGCCUUGGAGAUGAUGAAGCAAGGUGUGAAGCGACUUCUUGUCCCUAAGAGUAAGGUAUGGAAAGGCAUGAGCAAGCGGUUCUCAAUUCUUUAUAAUGGUAAGUGGCUCAAAAACAUUGAAACUGGUAGUAAUAAUAACCUCCCUUCCAAUAGCAAUCGACCUUCCUCUUCUUCCACCAACUCCGCCAUGUGUGACAAGUUUUGUUGUCUCUCAAGAGAAGACAUCAUCCGUUUUCUUAUUGGUUGCCUCGGUGCUUUAGCUCCACUUCCUCUUUCCUCCAUCUUCUCUGUUGGAGCUAUCAACCAGCACUAUAACUUUAUCGAAGCCUCCCUCCCUGCCAUAGAAGUUACUAGGAAACCACCUGGUGACCCGUCUGCAGUUGCUGUUGUGGAGCUCACACCAAAUGGGCAGUUACUUCCGGACUUUCCAGUUAAUUUAUCUGUUCAGGAUGAUAAUGUAGCUAAUGGAAUUAGCUCACCAAGGCAAAUGAAAUUCAGUAGCAGGAGCAUUGGGUUCAAUCCAGGAAGCUCAAGUUUCGGGAUUGGGAGGAGCAUGUAUCGGGGGCGAAGUGCACCAUUGACAUGUAAAAUUACAAGUUCUUUGGCUGCAGUCAUGGCUCAAAUGCUUUCUCAUAGGGCAACCCAUGUGUGGGUGACUGAAGAUGAAAGCGAUGAUGUUUUAGUUGGGGUGGUUGGAUAUGCAGACAUCUUGUUUGCUGUCACCAAGCCACCUUCAAUGACCACAGUAAACCAAUCUAAUGAGGCAAUGAGGAUUGAAGUUCAGAAUUGAACUCUCUUCCCUUCUUUAUUUUGGAGACAUUCGACUUCAUUCUUCUACUUUGCCACAGCAUCAUGCUUUUUCGAGGUUCACAAAAGGUUUGGCUAUUACAUAAAAUUUAUAAAUGUGUUGUAUUUUAUUUAUUUUAUUUUCCUGUUUUUAAAGAUUGUCGUAGUGUUACACGAUUUAUGUUAUAAUCUACAGUUUGCAAGUAUUGUGCAAAUUAAGCUGAGAAAUGAGA